UUAUCUGAUAUUUGGAAGAUCUAUGAAUAAGUUUAACAGUCUGUAGUUAUUUAAUUAUGUAUUCUGUGAGUGUAAAUUUGCAUAUGUUUUGGAUAUAAAUACUGUAAAUGCCUCUCUGUAUGUUGCCUAAACUUAAAAUUACGAUGUUGAAUCCAUCAUGUGACAUCAAUUUUAUGCAUUACAGGGUUCCCAUGGUCUUGGAAAACCUGGAAAUCUUAAAAAAAAAAAAUUUCUGGAAAAGUCGAAAGUUAGCCUAAAUCUAAUUUCUAUAGUUAAUAUGCGUUUUUCUAGUUCUUGCUCUGCUCUAAAAUAUUUCAUUGACAAGAAAUUGUUCUUGUGUUGAGUAAAAUUCACUUGUGGGCCAUAACGAUGUCCGAUUUGGGAACAUGUCAUUGAUUUGAUGAAUAUUUUAUCAGUGAAUCAUCCCCAAUUUGAAUUUCAAUGCUCUUAAUGGAAAGGGUUUUCAAAAAUCCUUACCCAGCACACCAUUGUCUGAAAAGCAAUGAAAAUUAAUUGGUCAAAAAGUGUGGCAAGUCUCAAAUUAAGAAUUACAUAUAUAAUAUUAUAUCAGAGAUGCAAACUACUCACCUUUCAGCUAAUGCCACCUUUUUUAAGCUAAUUUGCCCAAAUUGGUAAAAUUUUACAUUAAAAUCACUUGAAAGGGUAACUUUUAAUCUUAAACACUUUAAGAGCUUUAAAUGCAACAAAAAAAGCUUUAAAUACAACAAACAAAUCAACAAAAAAUAUGUAGCUACUAGCUAGAACACCUGCUAUGACUUUCUCACCUUUUUUGCCUCUCAUUAGUUUGCAUCCCUGUUACAUUUAUUUUUCUCUCUAUCCUUCUUCAAAACGCAAAUGCCACUGUGCAAACCUGAGAAAAAGUGUGUGAAGAAGGUCAACAUGGCCCAGUGGAAUCAGUUACAGCAGUUAGAGACACGGUACCUGGAGCAACUGUACCACCUGUACAGUGACAGCUUCCCCAUGGAGCUACGGCAAUUUCUGGCCCCCUGGAUCGAGAGCCAGGAUUGGGCAUACGCAGCCAAUAAGGAGUCUCACGCCACACUGGUGUUCCAUAACCUGCUGGGGGAGAUCGAUCAGCAGUACAGUCGCUUCCUGCAGGAGAACAACGUCCUGUACCAACACAACCUGCGGCGCAUCAAACAGCACCUGCAGAGCAAGUAUCUGGAGAAGCCCAUGGAGAUCGCUCGCAUCGUAGCCCGCUGCCUGUGGGAAGAGCAGCGUCUGCUGCAGACAGCCACCACUGCACAGCAGGACGGCCAGGUUGCUCACCCCACUGGUACCGUGGUGACUGAGAAACAGCAGAUACUGGAACACAACCUGCAGGACAUCAGGAAGAGAGUUCAGGACAUGGAACAGAAGAUGAAGAUGUUGGAGAACCUCCAGGAUGACUUUGAUUUUAAUUACAAAACUCUCAAGAGUGCUGGAGAGUUGUCCCAGGACCUGAAUGGAAACAGCCAGGCAGCAGCCACCAGGCAGAAGAUGUCUCAACUGGAGCAGAUGCUCAGUGCUCUGGAUCAGCUGAGGAGGCAAAUUGUGACUGAGAUGGCAGGGCUGCUGUCUGCCAUGGACUUUGUGCAGAAGAAUCUGACAGAUGAGGAGCUGGCUGACUGGAAGAGGAGACAGCAGAUCGCCUGCAUUGGAGGACCACCAAACAUCUGCCUCGACCGCUUGGAGACAUGGAUCACCUCUUUGGCUGAGUCACAGUUGCAAAUCAGACAGCAGAUCAAGAAGUUGGAGGAGCUUCAACAGAAGGUGUCAUAUAAAGGAGAUCCGAUAAUUCAGCACCGCCCCGCUCUGGAGGAGAAGAUUGUAGACCUGUUCCGCAACCUUAUGAAGAGUGCAUUUGUCGUUGAGAGGCAGCCUUGUAUGCCCAUGCACCCUGACCGACCUCUUGUCAUCAAAACAGGAGUUCAGUUCACUACCAAAGUCAGGUUACUAGUGAAAUUUCCAGAGUUGAAUUACCAGCUAAAGAUCAAAGUGUGCAUUGACAAGGAGUCAGGGGACGUGGCAGCCAUUCGAGGUUCUCGUAAGUUCAACAUUCUUGGUACCAACACUAAGGUGAUGAACAUGGAGGAAUCCAACAAUGGCAGCCUGUCAGCAGAGUUCAAACAUCUGACUCUACGAGAGCAGAGAUGUGGCAAUGGAGGCCGAACCAACAGUGAUGCAUCUCUGAUUGUGACUGAAGAACUGCACUUAAUCACAUUUGAAACAGAGGUUUACCACCAAGGCUUAAAGAUCGACCUUGAGACGCACUCUCUCCCAGUGGUGGUCAUCUCUAAUAUCUGUCAAAUGCCAAACGCAUGGGCGUCCAUCCUGUGGUACAACAUGCUGACCAACCAUCCCAAGAAUGUGAAUUUCUUCACCAAACCUCCAGUAGGAACAUGGGAUCAGGUGGCCGAGGUGCUGAGCUGGCAGUUUUCUUCCACAACUAAGAGGGGACUGACAAUUGAACAGCUCACCACACUUGCAGAGAAACUGCUUGGUCCGUGUGUAAACUACUCCGGUUGUCAGAUCACAUGGGCCAAGUUCUGCAAAGAGAACAUGAUGGGAAAAGGUUUCUCGUUCUGGGUGUGGCUAGAUAAUAUAAUUGACCUUGUGAAGAAAUACAUUUUGGCUCUAUGGAAUGAAGGGUAUAUUAUGGGCUUUAUCAGUAAAGAGAGAGAGAGAGCGAUCCUGAGCCCAAAGCCUCCUGGAACAUUCCUUCUGCGCUUCAGUGAAAGCAGUAAAGAGGGAGGAAUAACCUUCACCUGGGUGGAGAAAGACAUCAGUGGUAAGACUCAGAUCCAGUCCGUGGAGCCGUACACUAAGCAGCAGCUCAACAGCAUGUCCUUCGCUGAGAUCAUCAUGGGUUACAAGAUCAUGGAUGCCACCAACAUCCUGGUCUCUCCGUUGGUCUACCUCUACCCGGAAAUCCCUAAAGAGGAGGCGUUUGGCAAGUACUGCCGCUCUGAGCCUCAACCUGACACAGAGUUCCCUGACCCUGGAUGUGUAAUUCAGCCAUACCUGAAGACCAAGUUCAUCUGUGUCACCCCGUGUCCUUCCGUCUUCAUGGACUUCCCGGACAGUGAGCUGCUUGGGAACGGCUUCCCUGGGACUAACUCUGGCAACACAAGUGAUUUGUUCCCAAUGUCCCCUCGUACACUUGACUCUCUCAUGCAUAAUGAAGCAGCAGAGGCCAAUCCUGGACCUCUUGAAUCCCUCACUCUGGAUAUAGAUAUGAGCUCAGAUCAUCCCUCACCCAUGAGAGAAGGGUUUCCAGCCUCUAAUGUCUCCGAUAUGGAUGCCUGCAGAAAUACUUAGAUUUCUACCAUUUUAGUUUUAUUGUUUUAUUUUCACUGAAAAAAAAAUAAUUGUCAUGUACAUAGAACGCUUAGGUGCAAUUCCUGCUUCUUUUUUUUUCUUUUUUUUUUUUUUCUGAGCCAGUUCUUAUGUUUCUUUUCAGUUUUUACAGUCAUAGCCAAAAGUGUGCAAUGCAAAUAACCUAAGAUUCUGGUAUGUCAGUCUCAUAUCUUGCUGACACUGAUUUGAUGUUUUUGUUUCUUUGAGACAGUUAAGAUUGGCCUUUCCGCUUUUUUAUAUGAGGAAAUGUGAGGCAUUCUAGGCGGUUAUUAAUGGGUGUUUUUUCUAUUGUAACAUUUUUUUUUUUUUUUUACCUUUGUCAAUUUACCCAGAUUUCUUUGUAAUGUAAGACAAUCCCUACUAAUGUAUCAUCAUGCAGAUGAGUAAAACAUGGGACUGGAAGCACGGCUAGUUUUUAAGCAUCUUGGUAAAUACACAACAAAAAUGUAAAUGCUAAGAUUAUAAGCAGGAUUUUUAAUGUGUUUCUAUUAUUUUAAAACAACAUGCUCGCAAACAUUUGGCCAUGACUGUAUAGUAGCCAUAUACACUACCGUUCAAAAGUUUGGGGUCACAUGCCUGAAAUGUUUCUCAUGAUCUUUAAAACCUUUUGAUCUGAAGGCAUAUGCUUAUAUGUUUGAAAUUAGUUUUGUAGACAAAAAUAUAAUUGUGCCAGCAUAUGAAUUUAUUUAAUUACAAAACUUUAUUUAAAAAAAAAAAAGUUUUUGAAAUUGAUGACUUGGACCAAAUAAUUAAGAAAAGCAGCUAAUAAGUGCCCAUCAUAUAGAUGGGAACUCCUUCAAUACUGUUUAAAAAGCAUCCCAGGGUGAUACCUCAAGAAGUUGGUUCAGAACAUGUCAAGAGUACAUGUCUGCAAAUUCUAGGCAAAGUGUGGCCACUUUGAAGAUACUAAAAUAUAAAUAUAAAAAACACAAUUUUGAUUUAUUUUGGAUUUUUUUUAGUCACAACAUAAUUCCCAUAUUUCCAUUUCUAUUAUUCCGUAGUUUGAUGACUUUACUAUUAUUCUAAAAUGUGAAAAAAAUAAAAAAAAUAAAUGACCCUAAACUUUUGAACGGUAGUGUAUAAAAUAUAUAUAUUUUUUAAAUGGGAUCAAUGUUCAUCAGGAAUCGCUUCUCUCUUGUAUCGCAAUGAAUAUCCACUGAUGUUGGCAAACAUGAAAAAAAUAUUUUGAGCUGUAAGCAUAGCAUAGAGCCAGUGAAUCCAUUUUUUUUUUUUUUUAAUUUUACAUUGAAAUUUAAAGUGUGAAGUGGAGAAAACCUUACAAUUGUAUUGUUAAAAGGAUUGUUCACCCAAAAAUGAAAAUUAUUUUAUGAUUUACUCACCCUCCUAGCAUUCCAGAUGUGUACGACUUGUCUUUCUUCUGUGGAACACAAAUGAAGAUUUUUAGAAGAAUAUCUCAGCUCUGCAGGUCCAUAUGCAUGUGAAUGGACAUUGAUUUAACCACCAGAGUCGUCUGGAGUACGUUUAUGUUGCCCUUAUGUGGAUUUUGGAGCUUUACAAUUUUGGCACCCAUUCACUUGCAUAUGGACCAACAGAGCUGAAAUAUUGUUCUAAAAAUCUUCAUUUGUGUUCAGCAGAAGACAGAAAGUCAUACACAUCUGGGAUGGCAUGAGGGUGAGUAAAUGAUGAGAGAAUUUUCAUUUUUUGGUGAACUAACCCUUUAAGCAGUACUUUGAAGCUGCCACAACUUGGCAUAAUCUAGUACCAUGUUGAACUAAAUCCUGGCUUGUUAUAGGUGUAUAACCUUCCUUUCAUAAAAUCAGAUCACAAGAUGCAAAGUUUGUGCAUGCAGGUAUAUAACGUCCCUUUUAUCUUCUGUCUGGUUUACAUUAAUAUACUGUAUUUUAUUGUUGCAAAAAAGUAUUUUACUCUUCUAUUGAAUGUGUUUGGGAGGUUAAUUGAAGAAGAUAAAUAUAUAAAUAAAUAUUACGCAUAUUAGGAAAUAUGAUAUUUCCAUCAUAUUCCCCUUUCUGUUUAUAACGCUAGUUUAUAUGGCAAGAUGAAUCUUGCACUGAGCCAACAGGAGUAAUAUUGCAACAGAAUUAGUAACAUUAUACUGUAUAUACGGGCACACAAAUAUAUAUGCACACACACAUACAGUAUAUAUAAAUAUGUUGUUUACUUCACUGUUAGUAGACGAUUCACUGAUAAUAAACUGCUUGCGUUUUAAACUGGAAUUUGAUGGAAAAAUUGUUUCUUCAUUGUGUAACUAUUUUUUUUUUUUUUUUUUUUUUUUUUCAUGUCUGUCAGUCUGUAUGGUUCCCACUCUCUGUAUUUGUCUUUCCACUCUCUACUUUAUAGACGGUAUACUAUUAUAUAUAAUGCACUAUGUAUAUUCUCUAUAUUGUAAAAUGAAUUCUUAAUGAGAAACAGUUAUUCAGUUCGUCAUGCAGUUCUUGCAUCAGUUAUGAUGUGUUUGUCAUACAGUGAGUGAAGUCAGGGCUCAGGCUGUAUUUUUAGAUGCCAUCAGACCAUAGAUGUAACAUUUGAUAGUGAAAAUAAACAAACACAAAAUAUUAACUGAAUAAUAAAAAUGACUAAAUGGACAUUUCACACACAGACGGCAUCCCUGUUAGAGCAUUUUCAUCAGUGGACUAAUAUUAAGCGAUUAUGUUUCAAUGGACAUUUAAAGGUCAUUCUUCCCAGAUGAAUCUCAUCUGCCUUUACAAAGAUUGCAAUUACUGUGUGUUUCUCUAUUAUCGUCUACCUGUCAUCACCCGUACCGCAGCCGUUCUGCUUCUAAAGGUUACCCAAAAGAGAUAGAUAGAGAGCGAGCCUGUAUUGGGCAUAGCACAUUGACCUUUUGUCAAGAUUCUUUGAUUAGACUUCAAGGUGUUUAUUAGGUUUGCAGUUACUAUGUUUUUAAAUUUAAAAAAUGUUUAAAUGUUUGCACUUGUGUCAACUCGUGACUCAAGGUGACUGGGAAAAAUCAGUUUAACAUUGUAUUAUUGUUAUAUAAAUCACAAGGAACCUAUUUUUUUCUUUAUGAUUUGGUAACAUUUUUGUUUUGUUUCCAUGAUGCAGCAUUAUGGUCAUUGUAGUUCAUGUACAUGUCAUUCCUGACACGCUCUCUGUUUAGCUGCACUGAUUCUGAAUUUGAAUUAAACAAUGAACAGCCUAUGAAACCUGUAACCUGUUCUUUUACAGCAGCAGAAGUGAUGAGCUGCGUUCUAUAGGGAAAUCUUCUCCGAGCUGAGAAAAUAUGUACAGUCUCCCAAUGUCUCUUCAGUGAGUGCCAUUAAAAAAAUCUUCACUA